UACCUUAAAUGACAUGACAAUGUCAAAAUUAAAUCUGUCAAAUUCAAUUUUUUCUAUUAUUUUCACGCGCAUCCGUAUGCUUUUGCCACUCUAUAUUUCUCUAUGGGUUUUGUGAUUUAAUUGCACAUGAAUUUAUGAUGAAACAGUGCAAGAAAACGGAUGCACGAAGCGUUAUUUACAAAUGCCAAAUUUUAGUUCGAAUUUUAUUAGUUUUUCUUCCUCAAACCGGUUUCAUCCACCCUGAUGAGAUAUUUCAAUCUAUUGAAGUUUUAGCGGGUAAAAUUUUGGACGUCCAGCACAGCCCACCGUGGGAAUUCAACGUUACCACACCGAUCCGAAGUAUGACCAUUCCGUAUUUUACAGUGGGGCUUGGCUAUGUGUUUUUGAGAGACUGCAAUUUCCUGAGCAAAUGGUUGUUUAAUCGAGCUUUACUCACGCCCUACAUGCUUCUCGUCCUGCCCAGGUUGCUCGUGUGCAUUUUUUCGUUUGUCAUCGAUCACUGCUUGUACAAAUUGUGCUAUAACAAUAAUGAAAAGUUCUAUUCCCGCUUGAUAAUCCUGAAUAGUUCGUAUGUAAUCAUCGUAUACGGUACACGGACGUUCUCGAACACCGUGGAGUUGAUACUGUUUUCGUUGUUGUUGUAUUUCGUUUGCGAAAGUCUGACUUUUAGUAAUAUUUUGUUGAGAAGGAAAGAGUACGUUAACUUUCGAUACGAUAGGAGUAAGAGCGUUUCGGAUAAAGCUAAGUUUCAUAAGUUACGAUUGUAUUUGGUGUCGGAUUCGUACAGGAACUGCUUCGUUAUCAGUACUAUAACUGUGUUCGGUUUUUUCAACAGACCUACAUUCCUUGCGUACGCUGUGAUUCCCAUAUUCUUUUGGCUGUAUAGAGGCAUCGGGAGCAAAUCGGUGGCUCCCUUGACUUUUUAUUCCAGGAUUUUAGUGUUUAUUCUCUUCUCAAUUCCGUCCAUUAUUAUUAACGUUUUAUUUGACUCAUUUUAUUACGGUUAUUUGACUUGGGGUGAGGUGGGGGUUUUGGAUGUAUCGAUAAACAAUUUCGUAUUCACACCUUUGAACUUCGUUAGAUAUAAUUCUAAAUUGGACAAUUUAGCUAAACACGGGCUGCAUCCGAGAUUUUUGCACGUCUUGGUUAAUGUACCGUUGCUAUUUAAUGUUGUUGGAAUGUUUGCUCUAUGGGCUAUUGGGAAGUACUUGUAUCUUUGCUGUUUAAGGAAGUUGAGCCAACUACCGUCUGUGAGGAGUAUAAAAUGCCUUAUGAAUCUCUCGUUUGUGGUGCCUUUAGGCAUCCUCUCGAUUUUUCCUCAUCAAGAACCCAGAUUUCUGAUACCUUUAAUCGUACCACUGGUGUAUCUCCAUGCGAUGUCGAUAUUUCCUGAACCUGAUCGAACAUUAGUCGAAGCACCAAAAGUACCAUCUGUUGUACAGACUAAGAAAAAGGCACCGAACACAAUAUUCCUUAAAAUUUGGCUAUUCAUCAACCUUCUAUUUGUUAUAUUGUUUGGAUUUUUACAUCAAGGGGGAGUAAUUCAAGCAACAAAUUAUUUAUCUCAGCGCUUAGAUACUACAUUAAGUAGCACGGAAUAUCACAUAGUAACUAGUCACAUGUAUUCCAUACCGGAAUCGUUUUUCUUGCAGCCUUUUAAUCGCGAGCUCUAUUUAAAGGGGAAAGUUAGCAGUACUGUGGAGAAGAAAGUGUUUUUGUACGAAGAGGGUUCGAAAGACAUUCAUCUAAUAAUCAAAAAAUUGAAAUUGUUAGUCAAUAUUAGUAACAAUAACUCGAAGGAAUCUAAAAUAUAUUUGUUGAUUUCGGGUAGUUUGGAGGACAAGUUGGACUUCGAAAGUCGAAAAACUAAUCUUAAACUCCAUCUUAUCGAGAGAUUCUACCCGCAUUUGAGCUUCGAGGCCUUUCCGGAUUUUUCUAUGUAUUGCUUAGACGUUACAAAGAAUUUUUACGAUUACCGCUGUUUGCCUUUGUCGUUAGAACAAUAUACGAAAUGGUUGGUAAGCCUUUUUAGUCUCAAUUUGUACAGAGUCGAAGUAAAGGGGCUUUACCAGAGAUGAAUUUCGAAAAAUAUGUAGCUUUCAAACCAGCGUCUAGUCGCAUUUUUUACAUUUAUUGGUAUAUUUUUACAUUUUUUGCUCGAAUAUCGUGAUGUAUAUUAAGUCACGCUUUUAUAAAUUGUUAAAGAGGAGUUUGAUGCAUUUUUAUUGGUAAUUUACUCAAUUUUUUUUCCAGAAAAUAAACAUUCCGUACUAGCUUAGUCAUGAAAUAUACAGGAUGUCCCGCAGAAGAACCGAUUCAGAGCAAGGGGUUGUGGGGAGCCCAUAAUAUCUUGUUUAGCUUAACUUAAUACAAAGUUAUAUUCUUGAGAAGUUAUAGGCCUUCAAAGUGGAGUUACAAAUUAAAAAAAAUAAUAUCUCAGUAAUACUCAAAACAACUAAAUUUGGUAUAAGUUAUGAGUGUACUGAGAGCAUUAAUCGAUAGUUAGAAGAGAUCAAUUGGUUUCAUUUAGAAACUUUUUUAUUCCUGUUGUUAUUUAAAAUACUUUGUCGUUUUGAUGAAAAACGCUAAAAAAUAAAGUCAUGUACACCAUCAAUGUUAAUUAAAAUCGUCGAUAAUUCAAAAGUUGGCUGUGUUAAGUAAAAAUUUGGUUAUAGAACAUAUUUUAAGCCCCUCUACAAGCCCCUGAUCUUUGUCGGUUAUUACGCGGGAAACUCUGUAUACAAAUUAAAGGGUUAAUUUUAUUUUAUAGGAGCUUAAUAUAGCUAAUUUAUAUUUUUAGCCCCAUAAGAAGCAACAAUUUAUUUUAUUAAACGUGUAAUUUUAUAUCAAACUAGAGAAACAAAGACUAGUAGGUAUUUAUAUGUAAUUUAAGUUCUUUUAUAAGAUCCCCUAAAACAUGCAUGCAAUAAAUAAGAGAUUAUUUGGUUACUGAAUUAUAAAAUUUUAUCAAAAGGCACAAUUAGUGAUAUUCAAAACAACAAAUUUUUUUUGUAAUAAUUAGCUUGAUAAUACAUAUUUACAAACGUAAAUCAUUUUUAAUAUUAAUUUUCU